UCUUCACCGAAGCGACAUGGCUCCGGCUAAGAAGGGCGGCAGUCGGGCGACCAAGACUAAUUCGUUGCGAAGCCGGAAGCUCUCUUCCUUUCUCAAGGACUUCGACCGCGAAGUGCAAAUCCGAUCCAAGCAAAUUCAGUCAGACAGGCAGAACCUCCUCAAGGAGAUGGAUAACCUGUACAACAUCGAGAUCUUGCGGCUCCCCAAGGCGCUGCGCGAGAUGAACUGGCUCGACUACUUCGCCCUUGGAGGAAACAAGCAGGCUCUGGAAGAGGCAGCAACAGCUGACCUUGAUAUCACAGAAAUAAACAAACUAACAGCAGAAGCUAUUCAGACACCCCUAAAAUCUGCCAAAACACGAAAAGUAAUACAAGUGGAUGAGAUGAUAGCAGAAGAAGAAGAAAAUAAAAAUAAGACUCUUCAAACUACAAGAGUGAAAAGGUGUCCUCCAUCCAAGAAGAGAGCCCAGUCCAUUCAAGGAAAAGGCAAAAGCAAAAGGUCAAGCCGUUGUAACACUGUUACCCCAGCUAUGAGCCGAUUGGAAUUGUCCAUGAUAAAACCCACUCCAGGUGUGACACCAAGGUUUGAUUCAAGGAUCUUCAAGACCCCAGGUCUGCGCACUCCAGCAGCCAGAGAGCGGAUUUACAAUAUCUCAGUAAACGGCAGCCCCCUUGCCGACAGCAAAGAGAUUUUCCUCACUGUGCCAGUGGGAGGUGGAGAGAGCAUGCGGUUAUUGGCCAGUGACUUGAGGAGGAUCGAUAUCACACAGCUGGAUCCAGAGGCCUUGGGAAACAUUAAGAAGCUUUCUAACCGUCUCGCUCAGAUCUGCAGCAGCAUACAGUCCCACAAAUGAGGCUGCUAGUCCAAGAAGCUAAACAGGAUGGACCUUUUUAAUAGGAUCUCUUGGACCUUCAGGAGACUUCUUCCCUUCAGGCUUAUUGUUUGUUUGAGUGUGA